AUGUCCUUACCAGCUACUUUUGACUUGACUCCAGAAGACGCCCAACUAUUGUUGGCUGCUAACACUCACUUAGGUGCUAGAAACGUUCAAGUUCACCAAGAACCAUAUGUUUUCAACGCUAGACCAGAUGGUGUCCACGUUAUCAACGUUGGUAAGACCUGGGAAAAAUUGGUCUUAGCCGCUAGAAUCAUCGCUGCCAUUCCAAACCCAGAAGACGUUGUUGCCAUCUCUUCCAGAACUUUCGGUCAAAGAGCUGUCUUAAAGUUCGCUGCUCACACUGGUGCUACCCCAAUUGCCGGUAGAUUCACCCCAGGUUCUUUCACCAAUUACAUUACCCGUUCUUUCAAGGAACCAAGAUUAGUUAUCGUCACCGACCCAAGAUCAGACGCUCAAGCCAUCAAGGAAGCUUCUUACGUUAACAUCCCAGUCAUUGCCCUAACUGACUUGGACUCCCCAUCAGAAUACGUCGAUGUCGCUAUCCCAUGUAACAACAGAGGUAAGCACUCCAUCGGUUUAAUUUGGUACUUAUUGGCCAGAGAAGUCUUGAGACUAAGAGGCGCUCUAGUCGACAGAACCCAACCAUGGUCUAUCAUGCCAGAUUUGUACUUCUACAGAGACCCUGAAGAAGUUGAACAAGUCGCUGAAGAAGCCGCCACCGAAGAAGCUGGUGAAGAAGAAGCCAAGGAAGAGGUUACUGAAGAACAAGCUGAGGCCACUGAAUGGGCUGAAGAAAACGCCGACAACGUCGAAUGGUAA